AUGGAGAAGUUCACUGUGAUGUUUCACCCAUGUGAAAACAUCGACAAUUACUUGAAAAACACAUACUCAUUCUCUCCAUACUACACUCAUCAUUUUUUUAAUAAUGAUUUAAAUACCUCUGCAAUCCAAUGGGUUAGAUACGAUGUGUACUAUAUUGUCGACACAUACGAGUUGUUUAUAAAGGUAUCGGGACAGUUGUAUAUGUCAAAGGAAGAUUCUGAUAUCAGGAAGUCACUGUAUACUGUAUAUAACUCGAUUUAUUCAAAAAUUCCAGAAUAUACAUUGAUAUUAGAUGAACCGACAUUUAAGCAUUUGUUAUAUAUCCGUUCUGUUGGAACUCAGAAAUUCAUCCCUCCAGGGCGUAUUAUUGCCGAGAUUCCUCUAGAUAAUUCACUUAUUUUUCAACUAAGAUAUUGUGUGUUUCAAGAAGAAUCUAACACACCAAAUAAUUUGACUAAUGUAUCAGCGAAUCAAAAAAGUUAUUAUAAGCGUCUAUCAAGCGAAGAUUCUUAUAUUCCAGAAAUGACAGAUAAGUCAAUAUAUUUUAAAAAUACCCUGGAUAAAGAUUAUUUCGACAGCGAUUUGUACGACGAAUGUUAUAUUAAUAUCUCACACAAAGGGAAUUUUGACAACUGUUUGAUCUAUGAUAUAAUUAAAUUCAUUAAUAAGUCAAGCUCAGAUAAACAUAAAAAUACUAGAAAAUCAACCUAUGAUCGUUUAGACUUUUCAGUCCAAGAAAAUUUUAACAUACUUCAUCGAAGAUUAGAGUGGUUUUAUCAUUGGUUUAUAGAAGGUGCUUCUAAUAUUAAACCCGAUUCCAGGUGGUCGGUUUUCAUUCCUUUAAUAAUAUUAACAUACGACUCUUAUGAUCAUGAGUACAAGACUACAACUAACACUAUAUCAAAUUUACUAACAUCUAACGAGGAGUUCGAGAAAUGCAUUUUAAAUAGAUCAAAUGAUUUAAAUUCUCAAAGUAUUAGGUUAAAAAUAGUCCAACAGCCCAUAGGGACGAUAUCGGAUAUGGUACAUUUUAAAAACAAGAGGACGCAUUUAUCAAAAAAAUUAAAGCAGACAGCUAGUCAAUAUAAUGUAUCAAUAAUUGGAAUGGUUACAGCAUAUUAUUUUUUUACAUUGAACCAUGACAGACUCAGAAUAUCACAGUUUAUGAUAUUCCCUAAUUACUGGGGGAAAGGAUUCGGUUUGUGGGUAUUGGAGUUUAUAUACAGGAUGGCGAUAAUGGAUUCAAAUGUGAGAGAAAUAACUGUAGAGGAUCCUACAUCAGCAUUUCUAAUUUUGAGAUAUGUAGUUGCACUCAAGAUAUGUUUUGAGUCGAAACUAAUUGACCCCAAAAUAUUGUAUGGAAACAACAAAAGUGGUUUUGGAAUAUUAAAAUUAUUUUCCAAAGAAUCAACGAUUCCAUCCAAAGAUAAAAUAUCUUCAGUUUGUAAGGAAAGUAAGGCUUGUUCAUCUAAGCUUGUUGAGAUUCUACAACUAGCUUCAAUUCUUCCUUAUCCAAUCUCUAGUCAAAAAAUAGUCAAUCAAUAUACUAACAAAAGGCAGAAAAUAAACGAUAUAGACGUUAAGCUUAGUCUCUUUAUUCAGUCAGAUACAUACAUGGAUUACUGUGAUAAAUUGAAAAAUAAAAUAAAAUUCGAAGAAAUAAAGGGGAAUGGGAACACAAAGAAUAUAAAAAAGCUCUCGCCAGAUAAAUAUUUAAAUUCAGUAUGUCUAUAA